GGGCCGGCCCGCCCGCCGCCGCAGUGACAGCUCCGCCCGGUGCCCGUCAGGCCCUGCCCAGCCGAGCCGCGCAGCGGGAGCGGGGCGGACCGGCCAUGGCCGACGACUUCGGCUUCUUUUCCUCUUCUGAGGCGGCCGGCGCCGAGGAGGACCCGGCCGCCGCUUUCCUGGCCCAACAGGAGAGCGAGAUCGCGGGCAUCGAGAACGACGAGGGCUUCGGGCCGACCGACGGCGAGUCGGCCACCGCCCCGACCGGGCAGGCGGCCCAGCCGGAACCGGCUGGUUUCCAGAAUGGAGGAACCACCGUCAAUGGAGAUGUCUUCCAGGAGUCCAAUGGCCCCACCGAUGCCUACGCAGCCAUAGCCAAGGCUGACCGGCUGACCCAGGAACCUGAGAGCAUCCGCAAGUGGAGGGAGGAGCAGAAGAAGCGCCUGGAGGAGCUAGAUGCAGCAUCAAAGGUAACUGAGCAGGAAUGGCGUGAGAAGGCCAAGAAGGACCUGGAGGAGUGGAACCUGCGUCAGAAUGAGCAGAUGGAGAAGAACCGAGCAAACAACAGGAUCGCUGACAAAGCCUUUUACCAGCAGCCGGACGCCGAUGUGAUCGGUUAUGUGGCCUCGGAAGAAGCAUUCCUGAAGGAGUCCAAGGAGGAAACCCCUGGCUCCGAAUGGGAGAAGGUGGCCCAGCUCUGCGAUUUCAAUCCCAAGAGCAGCAAGCAGAGCAAGGAUGUCUCGCGGAUGCGCUCGGUGCUCAUCUCCCUCAAACAGACACCCCUGUCCCGUUAGCUGCUGCCUGGCACAGCUGGAGCACAGCCAGGCAGGGCUGGGCUCACAGAGCCCAAAGAGGGGCCUCAUCCUGCCUGCUCCCGUCUGUGCACCUCUGCUGUGCUCGAGUCACUGGUUGUAACUCUCCCCAUGGUUUUCCUUUGCUUAAAAGGUGCAUCGGUCUCUUUUUACACCUAUUUAUUACACUGUGGCAUUUCCCCGGGAAGCGACACUGGGUGGCAGAGCUGAGUUACAGCGGGGGAGCCCGCAGUCUGGGCUGAGCUUGUGCCCAGAGGCCUGGCUGAGUGAGAGGGGGAACAUCUCCCUGGUGUUCCCCGCCUCACCCCUGCACUGGCAAUAAACCCACCUGCGGCUCUCCUGGAGCAACUCCCGGCAUGGCAGCCCUGUGUCUGACCCUGGGACCCAGGCAGUGAUCCCAGUGGGACUCGGGGGUUGUCACCUGCCUUUCCCAGGGGUUUAAAGCAGAGCUGGUGUGGGAAGGUGGAGGAACAGCCCUUACUCAGCUCUGCACUGCUAAGUCCUGCAGGAGCGUGGCUGCACCGUGAUGCUGCUGGGCUGAGGAAUCUGAGUGCAGACACCCAGGCUGGGCCGGGAAGGCCCCAAGCCCAGCAGAACCCUCCCCAGCCUGGCUCUGUGUCACAAAAAGCUGGUGGGGCUCCAAGCAGCAGUUGCAGUGUCCGUGUCCCAUCCAUCCUGUGGGGUUGCUGGUGCCAGUUUGAGGUGGUGCAGGGCACUGGGAUGGGGCCAUGGGGUGAGCGUAUGGGAUGUUUUCUGCCUCUCCAGCAAAGCAACCAGCAGUUGGGAAUAUGGGUGCCAGGCUUUGGGACCCUUGGCUCUGCUCCUUCCCCUGGUACUGGGAUGGGAGAUGGAGGCUGUGCGGUUGCAGGGAAGGAGGUAGGAAGGUUGAACCCCCCACUUCCCUAAUCCAGUGACCCAGAGCAGGACUGGGCAGAGUUCUGGUGCUUUUGCCUGUACUGUCCCUGGAGAACAACCUGCACAUCUGCCUGCAGCUACUCUGUGGCUUCUCUUUGGCCCCUGCUGGAUUUAUACACCUAAGGCAGCGUGGGGAGAUGCCUCAGUCCCACUCCCCACCCCACAAGACACUUUCCAGCCCGAACACCCAGUUUCUCUCUCUGCUUGGCAGGGCCAGCACCAGCCCCUCCAGCUUGGAGGCCCAGUUCUGGAAACCUGCACAACUCCCGGCUAGCAGGAGAGGGACAGACCUGUGACAUGGAGCAGAGCCCACAAAACAUUUGCUUGAGCAUCACUGCAGAGCCCUGUCAGCCAAACAGCAAGUACACAAAGCUCUCCUGCCCUGCAGCUAUGGAGUCAGGAAGGGCACCCCUGGCUCAGGGGCACAGGCUCAGCAGUGAGCUGGGAAGGGGAAUGGGUGUGUGGGGAGUCACUUGGGUGUCACUAUGUGCUGGGAUUGUGCCCCUUGUCUAUAGGGCUGUUGCUCCUACUCUGUCCCACUGUACUCCAGCAUGCAUAGGCAGCUCUGCUGUGCAGGAUGGACACGGGUACAGGGUAUCUUGGGGGCUGGCUGUCUGCCUCUCACUGCAGAGCAGAGGGAAAUGAAGCAGUCUCCCUGCUGUGCUCUGUCCCACCAGCCCCCCCGACAGCUGUACCCCCAUGUCAAGCAGGGCAGCCAGCUCCCGGGGAGCCAUGCCCACAGCUCUUCUACAUCCCCCUGGCUUGGUAUCUGUGACUGUUCGAAUUACCUGUUACAAUAAACCCACAUCUCCAGUCCUA